AAUUAAUUUUAAAGGUAAUCAGCUGAACUUAAUCUUAACAGCACAACCAAUCAUCUGCUUUGCCACAGCUUGGUUGACCUAACAUCCCUAUUUAAAACUGCAUCCACCACUACCCCACUAAUGGCCAUUUACAUGACAUGUGCUCCAUGAUCAGUAGUUGUGUGGUUCCACGCCUCAAAGCUCAGCCAUGGCUGCCUUGAGGUGCUACUCUUCUACUGCUGCAAUCAUAGUCCCAAGGAGGAAGAUUUGUGCAAGAGCUUCCAUGGAUGGCUGCUCCAGUUCCGAAUCCAGGCGACAAGCUUCUAGUUCGGUCAGCUUCACCUGCAAGGUGAACAAGGUUUAUGAGGACAAAAACAUGGGCAUCCUCUGUUACACUGAUGAGACUGGUGAAUUGCUGUGCGAGGGCUUGGAUGAAGGCCCGAGACUAACGAGGCAAGAUAUUGAGAAAUUGACCCAAGAGAGAGAAUCGAAGAACACGGCAGAAGAUUGGCGGGAGAGAGCGCUGCGGAUCGCGGGCGGGAUCGACUGGAGCGGCCUCCAGUCUGCUGCUGCCACGGGGAAGAAGUGAAAAUGGAAGCUGACUUCAAGCUUAGCCCUGUAGAAACGCUGGCUGAUACUGUUAUGUGUAGAUCGAUCUCCAUGGUUGCUUGCUUGCUCGAUCCGUAAUAAGUGUCUUAUGUGUGUAGGUAGGAAGGAAGGAUUGGAGAGCACUGGGGGCUGAUCUAGCUGGUCAACUCCUACUCUUUGUCUCUCUCUGCUGAAUAAGAAAUGAUUUAGCUUCACUGCAAA